GCGCGCUAGCAAAGUGGCGAUUAUCUCGCUGCAAAAAUCGCAAGUGUAAAUGGGCCUUUAUUAUAGCCGAAAGUCUUCAUUUAAUGAAACCUAUUAUUUUUUAAUAUAGGUUCAUUAAGCGAAGACAAAAAAUGCUAGAUUUGAUUAGAAAACGACAUCCGUAAAUAAGGAAAUACCCAAAAUAGCUAUCAGUCCUCCAUUCUCGAUGGACAAGCUUUUUGAAACAGCUGUACAAUAUGAUACAAUAAGCAGCUGUGAGGGUCAUGGUCACAUUUAUUGAAAAUCAUCCUUGGGGAUGAAGACUGCAAGACUUCUUAAAGAAAAGAACCAGCACAACGGAGGUCAUCAAUACAAUCUAACGACAAAUAAUGAGAUUUAUUAAACUAUAUGCAACAGUCCGCGCAUGCCUAAUUGCACUAGCUGUUGUUGAGAACAAAGCCCAGACAAAGUCAUCUUAUUACGCCCGGCAUCCGGGAGUCCAGCUUCAAGGUCACGUGAUCAAAAACAUUGCGACAUCAAACAUUUUGAAUUGCAUGUUUGAAUGCAGUAAAACACAGGGAUGCCUAUCAAUCAAUUCUCACAACACUGGUAACGCCAUACACUGUGAGCUUAACAAGUCAAACCGGUAUGGUAGGCAAGCGAACUUAUUUAAAACCAGUUCGGAUCACGAAUAUUUGGAAACGGUAUUCAACAUAGAUUGGUCCGAUGCUUGCUUUCAAAAAGAUGGUUGGCAUCGAAUGAAGUCUGCCGCGUAUAAGUUUGUUAAAGAGCCUGCAGACUUUCGAGAAGCUCGUCAGCGGUGCCAGAAAAUGUCGGCAGGCGCAGAUCUGGUGUUCUUUGUCGACAAAGAGGAGGAGGAAACUUUUGACCAAUAUCUUCAAGGCAUUGGAAACAUAAGUCAAUUUUGGAUUGGACUAAGUGAUCUUGCUGAAGAAGGGACCUUUGUUUGGUCUGAUGGCACCAAUUCGAGCUACACAAACUGGAGUAAUGGAGAGCCAAAUGAUCAUGAUGAUAAUGAAGACUGCACAUUGAAAACCCCUGAAAGCAGUUGGCAUGACGAUAAGUGUGAAAUGAAACGUCCGUUCGCUUGCAAAGUGUUAUGCACGUAAACAUUAAAAUUCCAUUCCUGUAAAAGUGACAACCCGGCCAAACCAAAAAAGUAUUCACCUUAUCAGGGGCAGAUCUAGGAUUUUCCUCAGGGAGGGGUGCGGGGCUCUCAGGAGGGGCUGCACCCCACAAAAAGUCAUUAAAUGAACUGAUACAAAAUAAAGAAAGUAUUGAAGGAUACAGAUCACGGGGG